AUGAACAACAUUGUUGUGAAGAGGUCAAAUCAACACAAGCUUUUGGAGGAGCGCAGGAGUGAGGGGGAGAGAGACGUUGUGGACUGUCUGGUAACAGAUAGACAGCAUACAGACUUACAACCAUGCCAAGAGGCAAUAGAAGACAACCCUGUUGUUAAACAUAGGAGGUAUGGGUGAGCACAUUUUCUUUUUUUUUGUCAUAUACAGUACAACUUACUAAGGGCAAAAGAAAAAAAAACCUGUAGCUAGCUUUCCAUUCAAUUAUGCACAUUUUCCCACCAGUGGUGUGUUUCCACUAAACUCAAUGUGUGAUGACGUAGUGAACACAAAAUGUACUUUUCCGCUUACGUUUCAUGUACCGAAUAAAAAUUGAAUGUUCAACGUAUUUCCCACGCAUUUUCAAAUUGAAUGAUAGUUUGUCACAAAAACUGUUGAGAGAAAUAACAAAAGGCCAAGACUCUAGCCAACAGCUCGCAGAUACAGAUACUGAUGAGAUUAAUAUGGAUAAGAGAGAGAAUAUUUGUAUUUGUCAAGGCAGUCAAGCAUCGAUCAUCAUGUCAGCAGAAGAAGACCCUCAAUAUUUAUUGGAAAGGAGCAUCAAGCUCCAACACUCUGUGAAGUUCCUCAUAACUUAUUUAAUCUGUAGCCUAAUAAACUGCACGGUUAACCGAGUCGUAGUGGAACACACAGCAUAUCAUCGAGUGACUCCAAGUUUACUUCGAUAUGAUGGUUAUUAUAUCAAUAUUUGCGCUUCCACUUUUUUUUUUAUACGGUAUGACUUUACUCUCAUAAAAACUGUGGAUGGAAACGUGGUAAUUGAUCAGAUGUAUUUUUACACACAGCUUAAAUAUCUUCAGUGCAGCCCCAUAUUUGCAUUUACAAAAAAAUGUUCACACAUAAAACACUAUAUUUUAUUAAAUAUAUUGAACAUUGUCUGUAAUGCUGCAAAAAAUGUUGUCAUAUGGAACAUCAAUUGUAAGUGUUGUGUAAGAUAGACAUUACUUGAUGACAGAUAAGAUCAUGAUCAAAAAGCAUGUUCGAAUUAAUUGGGAGAACCAGGUUAUAUCUGCAUAUUUAAGGAACCUGAUCCAUACAUCCCCAUCACUGAGAACAAACUUUAGGUUGCUUACACAGCCCAACAGUGGCACCUACGGAUUGACACCAAAAAUAACUUUACAUUUUAGUCAUUUAGCAGACGGUUUUAUCCAGAGCGACUUACAGUUAGUGCAUUCAUCUUAAGAUAGCUAAGAGACAACCACAUUUCACAGUCGGAAAUGUAUCUUCAAAGACGUUAUCAGCAAAGUUAGUGCUAGUGGGAAAAGACAAAAAAUGCUCGGGCUGAUUUUUGGUCCUAGUCCGUUCCUGAACUAUCAGGUAUACCAACCCUAUCAUUGUAAUAAACUAUGAAAUGAUAACAAAUCCUCUUCCAGCAUAGUUACAGUGCCUUGCAAAAGUAUUCAUCCCCCUUGGCGUUUUUCCUAUUUUGUUCCAUUACAACCUGUAAUUUAAAUUGAUUUUUAUUUGGAUUUCAUGUAAUGGACAUACACAAAAUAGUCCAAAUUGGUGAAGUGAAAUGGAAAAAAUAACUUGUUUCAAAAAAUUAUACAAAAUAAAUAACGGAAAAGUGGUCUGUGCAUAUUUAUUCACCCCCUUUGCUAUGAAGCCGCUAAAUAAGAUCUGGUGCAACCAAUUACCCCAUAAUCUGCAACACCACUAAGCAAGGGGCACCACCAAGCAAGCGGCACCAUGAAGACCAAGGAGCUCUCCAAACAGAUCAGGGACAAAGUUGUGGAGAAGUACAGAUCAGGGUUGGGUCAUAAAACAAUAUCUGAAACUUCCAACGGAGCACCAUUAAAUCCAUUAUAAAAAAAAUGGAAAGAAUAUGGCACCACAACAAACCUGCCAAGAGAGGGCCGCCCACCAAAACACACGGACCAGGCAAGGGGGGCAUUAAUCAGAGAGGCAACAAAGAGACCAAAGAUAACCCUGAAGGAGCUGCAAAGCUCCACAGCAGAAAUUGGAGUAUCUGUCCAUAGGACCACUUUAAGCCGUACACUCUACAGAGCUGGGCUUUACGGAAGAGUGGCCAGAAAAAAACCAUUAAAGAAAAAAGAAAAGAAAAAAAUAAGCAAACACAUUUGGUGUUUGCCAAAAGGCAUGUGGAAGACUCCCCAAACAUAUGGAAGAAGGUACUCUGGUCAGAUGAGACUAGAAUUGAGCUUUUUGGCCAUCAAGGAAAACGCUAUGUCUGGCGCAAACCCAACACCUCUCAUCACCCCGAGAACACCAUGCCCAUAGUGAAGCAUGGUGGUGGCAGCAUCAUGCUGUAGGGAUGUUUUUCAUCGGCAGGGACUGGGAAACUGGUCAGAAUUGAAGGAAUGAUGGAUGGCGCUAAAUAAAGGGAAAUUCAUGAGGGAAACCUGUUUCAGUCUUCCAGAGAUUUGAUACUCGGACGGAGGUUCACCUUCCAGCAGGACAAUGACCCUAAGCGUACUGCUAAAGCAACACUCUAGUGGUUUAAGGGGAAACAUUUAAAUGUCUUGGAAUGGCCUAGUCAAAGCCCAGACCUCAAUCCAAUUGAGAAUCUGUGGUAUGACUUAAAGAUUGCUGUACACCAGCGGAACCCAUCCAACUUGAAGGAGCUGGAGCAGUUUUGCCUUGAAGAAUGGGCAGAAAUCCCAGUGGCUAGAUGUGCCAAGCUUAUAGAGACAUACCCCAAGGGACUUGCAGCUGUAAUUGCUGCAAAAGGUGGCUCUACAAAGUAUUGACUUUGGGGGGGUGAAUAGUUAUGCACGCUCAAGAUUUCAGUUUUUUUUUGUCUUAUUUCUUGUUUAUUUCACAAGAAAAAAUAUUUUGCAUCUUCAAAGUGGUAAGUAAGGCAACAAAAUAGGAAAAAUGCCAUAUCAUAUAUCACCUCACACACAGGUCUUGUCUGGGUGGGGUCAAAGUUUGCCACAAGCGCCAGGUGCUUCAGGACAUGGCGAGGCCGCUUAAGCAGUGGCUGUACAAACACAAGGACAACCCCUACCCCACCAAGACAGAGAAGGUCCUGCUCGCCCUGGGGUCCCGCAUGACUUUAGUACAGGUGAGCUGAGGCAAACCACACACCCCUCAAAGCAAGGUAUGGCUUGGGUCAUAUGGAUACUACCAUAGAAGUCAAAGCAGAAGCCAGGCAGAUUUUAUUUUUUUUCUGACAAGUUGAAGUUCUGAAAUACAUAAAAUGAAUGUUCCUUUUUUAUUUUCUUGAUGCUUAUGUUGCAGGUCUCAAACUGGUUUGCCAAUGCCCGGCGGAGGCUGAAGAACACAGUGAGGCAGCCAGACCUGAGUUGGGCUCUACGGAUCAAACUCUACAACAAAUACAUCCAGGGCAACGCUGAGAGACUGAGUGUAAGCAGUGAAGACACCAACUCUGAGGGUAAGAGGGACUGGCGGUACGUAUGCUAAGCAGGGUUAUAGCUGGGGAUGUAAUCUCAACAAAUAUGCAUUACACAUAGCAACACCGCAAGUUUAAAAUCAACUCUAAGUGUUCAUUUUAACACCCACCAACUGUUUAUAGUGUCCCACACAGAGUUAAUGUUACACUUUUUACAUUUCUGUAACUCUGUAAAAAGUUGAAAAUGAACACCGGCCAUUCACAAAUGUUAUGUUAUGUUAUUCAAAAUCAACUCUCUGUGUAAUAUUUUGACUAAUAGAGUUGCUAACCUUUUAACACUGUAGUUAAAACUUUCAAAUGAAUGUGUGAGAUAUUCAGCCUCUUUUGGAGACCAGUGGCAGUUGACGAGGGACCAACAUUAUGUUUUUAUUUUUUACUUUUUUGCAGAUGACGAGUGUCCCUUACAAACCCCAGCUAGCCAAUCAGAGCUCUCCAGGCCCUCCCUUAAGAGUGUCAUCAAACAGGAGAACAGGACUGAUCCUGCCUUCAGUGACGACUACGUCUCUCCACCCCCCAAGUACAAGAGCAGUUUGCUGAACCGGUACCUUAACGACACCCUACAACACGUGAUGGCGACCCCUGAUGACAUCACAAAGUCCCACCUGAGGAACCACUCAGGGUCGUUCAGCUCCAACGAGUGUGACGACGACCUCGUCUCGCCCUCUUCCUCUGAGGCAGAGACAAACUCGCUCUACCAUAUGGGUAAGAGAUUCCUUAUUCUUUGGUGACACUUUACUUGAAACUCUGACCAAAGUCUACAGAACACUGCCAUACGCAGGACAUAAGAGAUGUCAUAUGCAGACAUACUAGCUAACGUACUGUAGCUUUACAAUGACUGGCUCACUGGCAUGGCAUAAUGCUAACCAACUAGCUUACUUCAAGGGUUAACGGUAGAAUAUGUAGAGAUCGCUCCGCCAUUUCCUGGUUGAUAAAAAAUUGGAAUCGUUUUCCUAAUUUCAGUUUACGUGACAACACAAGCAGUCAUUGUGUAGAGAAUCAUUGUACCGUCUAAACCAGGGAUGGAGUUAAUUUUUAGAGUUUUAGAGUUAAUUUCGUGCAAUUAUACACAUUUUGCCAUGGGGUUUAGAGAAAAUGUUGCUGUUUUAUAGCAAGUUUGCUGCAAUUCUACACAUUUUGCUAUGGGGCGGAGAGAAGAUUGUGCAAUUUUAUAACAAAUUUCAUGCAAUUCUACCAAUUUUGCCAUGGGGCGGAGACAGCCGCGGGAAGAUGUUUUGCGUAGGAGGGUGCUGUGAUGAGUCGCCUAAGCAUGGGACAAGAUUCGGUAACAGUAUCACUGCAUUCUAAAGUAAAUGGAAAUACAUUUGCCAAAAUUAUAUAAUUACUCCUGUCUCCUGUAUACAGAAAUAAAAUCAUUCCAAAUACUUCACCAGAGAGCAUGACUUAGCCAAAAAGGAUCAUUAGCUUAUUUAAAGCUGUAUUGUUUCAAACCACAAGCGUGUAGGCCUAUGCCUAGUUGGGAAGCCCACAAUUUGGGCAGCGCGAGUGUUAAUAGGCCUGAUUAUUGAGACAAGGCUGUCAAUGAAAAGCAAUGCAUGUAAAAUAUGUGAAGAUAAUGUGUCUUCAGUAUAAUUUGAAAUGUUGAGACAAGAAGAAGGGGAGGGGGGGUGUGGCAAAUAUAUUGGCUUGUCUCUCUCCAGAAUGCUCUCAAUUCUCCUGAAUGUGCUGAUGCGUCUCUCGCCAAUUCUUGCACAUUAUUGUUUUAUUGUGUUAAUUGUUUGCCCUUUGCUUGUUUGUAACAAUUCCCCAUUACACGUCACCAGUAGUAAAUUUACCGUUAAUCCCUGUCAUUUGGUUACAUUAAUUUCUGUUAAUGCAUGGAUGAAUUAGGCCUACAGUCAUUUACUGUGAAGUUGGAGUGGAAACAUCACAACCUGCUACACUUGUGAGAAGCAAGUUUUGGUUUAUAUUUCUUACCAUCAUUUACGAGUUUUGUAAAUGUUUUCAUUUUGGGGAGGGGGGGGGGGGCGCUAAAUGUGAGCAAUGAGCACGUGCCUGUUUUUUCUGUCCUCUUAAUGUUGAUGGAGCGCAUGAGCACGCAUAGGCUAACUGGAUGUCUGAUUUCUGAUUGUCUUAACUCACCACCACUAAUAAGCUGAGCUUCUCAGUCAUUUAGCCUACCUGAACACAUUUCCUUUUGCGCAAAAACAGCUGUGUCUGUCCGGAGCUCACUGGUGCGGAAACUCGGAGGGCCCGGAAUAGGCUAGCUGAUAUACUGUUGCAAGUUAGCAAGCUUAGGGCUGGACCUUCAUAUACAGUCAUUGGGCCGGACCCAGUAAGACAGAUAUAAAUGGAGACAGACAGGCAGAGUAUAGUGAGAUAAAAUAACCUGCAUUUUCAUCAGGAUAUUUUACGUUUUUUUAUAUGUCAGGUUUAUGCAUUUUUACUAAGUUGACAAUAGAAGUUACAGGCCUACUGCUACAUUGGCCUAGGCUGUCUCUAAUUUCUUUAGCUGCCAAUGGUUCACGGUGAAUCAAUAAUCAAUGUCUAUAGCAGAGGCCAGUGCUCUCGCAUUGGUGGCAUUUUAACUUCAUUUUUAUCAUUUUAAUUCCGAUUUGUAUUAUUAACCAAGUGAAAAUGAUUUUGAGAAACAAAAAGCAUAGAAAUAGCACACAUAGAACAGAUCUACCGCUUCAUAGACUUGCUUUCAAUGAGAAUGACAGAUCUAUAACUCACAUUUCUAUGUGGAUUUGGUCGGGUCGCCCAAAAAGUUAUAUUGCAGUUUUAAGAUUUGCCGCUUUAGGUUUGCAGAACUUAUUUUCAUUCAGUUGGUCUUAUCUGUCAAUGUUGAAAGCUUUAACAGGACACAAAUAGGUUAGAGGGAGACAUGUUUGACACUUGGAUGCACUUCAGGACCUGAAGUUACGAGCACUGCCCUAAAUCAGGUUGACAACUCUAAACUCCAGAAAGGUCCUGGAGCCAAAGCAACAGCUAAUAGAAACUUGUGCUGACAUCUAAAUCCCUUGCUUAAAAAAUCCUUGAUCUUGUUUAGCCAAAGUAGGAGACUACUUCAUUGGUCCUAUGAUUUCCAUGAUCAUAUUCUAGAGUGCGUUGUUUCCUUGCCAUGGUGGAAAAUGUCAGGUCUCAGGGUCAAUUACAGAAUGUCUGAGAUUUUAUUGUUCCCAAGGUGAGACAUGAGGAUCUUUGCCAAAGUUUCUGGUACAAAUGGCAUUUCAAUGUGUAUUUUUGCUUUGACCCUGUUACUAAAGCCCCACAGACCUGCUUCUGGAAGUUCAAACAACUAUAUCCACACUCAAAGUUGCAAGUAUAGUUUCUCAAAUUGGUUCAUAAACACGACAGUAUAUAUCACAUUAAUUUCUUACCUCAUUAGCCUAGUUUUAGGGUAAGCUACCAACAGAACAUUGGUAGAACAGAACAUUACAGUCAGAUAUCAAGAAAUAUUUCAGAUUUCUAUACAGGCACACAGCAAAAAGAGCAGUGCUGAACCUUGAUGCAGCCUCAAAAGAACUCAGAACGUUAACACUUUUUUACACUGCACUAGGGAGGGGUAAAAGAGUCACUACGCCUAUCUGGGACAUGCUAAUUAGUGUUGUUUCUUGGAUGUCCAAUAUAACGACAGGUCAUCAAACACUAAAUCUGCCUGCCAAGUGAAAGUCUUCAUUUGAAGUUUGAAUUUGACGUUGAAAUAUGCUGUUAAACUAUAACAAGUGGCCUUCCCAUCAAGUCCAGGAUUUCCCUUCAAUGAGCUAGAGACUAAUAAAUCUUACUGCAUUCAUUUCUUAUAUGGAGUGAGGAAAGCCGAUCUAGACACUGCACACUUUUUUCACCUAGUUUGUUGCAAAAUUAAAACAUUCAUGCUGAGACAGAAGUUCCUCGUUUUCUGAUACCCUAGAUCGGGGCUGCCCAACCCUCUUCCUGGAGAUCUACUGUCCUGUAGGUUUUCAGUCCAACCCUAAUUUAGCGUAUCUGAUUCAGCUAGUUAAGGUCUUGUUGAGCAGCUAAUAAGUAGAAUCAGGUGUGUUAAAUUAGGGUUGGACUGAAAACCCACAGCACGGUAGAUAUCCAGGAAGAGGGUUGGGCAGCCCUGCUCUAGAUGAACAGUUAUAAUUCUUGGUAGCUUGGUUUCAAUCUGUCUCUCAAUUAGCAACUGAUUUAGAUUUUUAUAUCUGAUUUGUCUAUCUGAAGUGCCAAUCAAGCUUUGACUAACUUUUGAGGGCAAGUGAAAACUAUCCGCCACUGCAUCCCCUUGAAGUCCAGGGUUGAGCAACACUACUUUAUGAGUUCAUGACUUAAGAGGACUUCUAUGAUCAGAAUGGAAAUGUUAUUUUCAGAGUAAGCCAAGGAAUUUAAUAUUUGUUGUAGUCGAUGUCCCAGGUCAGAAUUGGUCUGAUAGACGCUAACAUGAUUUUACAGGUCUUGCACAAAACACUAUUUAGUAAAACGAAUGGAGAAUUCUUGUAAAACAUAAAUGACACAAGGCAAACACAGCACAGUCCAAUUUCCCCAUAAUGAUUUACAUGUACAUUUUGAUUUAGUGAUAGUUUUCCAGAAAAGUACUAUUUUCCUUUUUAAAACAUAAAUGUCAGAACCAACAAAAAAAGAGUAGAGACAUUCAGUAGCAACAUGUGAGAGGCGCCAAAUGAUUUAUUGUCUGCCUAUAGUUGCUCUUGGCCUGGGCCUUGUUAUAGAAAUCGGAGUCUGAGAUGUUUCAGGCAGCGAAUAUUGAAAGCGGCAUUUUGCAUGCUCGCAAUUGGCCUCUAAUUUUCCUGCUUAUAGCUCCCUGAAGAGAAAUAUCUUUUGACCCGUCUGACUUGACGCAACAAAACAGAUAGCCCUACUGCUGUGUACACAUGAAAAACAUGUCUGCAAACAUGCAAAUCAACACACUAUUUCUUACUAAUUUAUAAACUAAAACAUAACAAAUUAUGAUAACACCCAAACUGUACACAAAGUGUAUUUUGUAGAUUGAUAAACCAACAUUUGAGCAUACAUUUUCCAUAAAAAGUUUCAACCUGGCAACAACACUGUUCAAAAAGCACUUAAGAUCCAAAGAAUACAACGGGAGAUGGCCAUCAAUGAAUAUGGUGAUUCGAUCAGUUUAGCAGAACCAAAGACACCCAGAAGGUGAGACACUGCCACUAAAGAGCCAUAGAGGGAGUAUUACAGUACAUGUCGCUCAUUCACACAAUACUCCCAUGCACAUUUCUAUGAUGUAUGAUGAUCUGCAGUUCUCAGUCCAAACAUAAAGGGCGAGGGCAGAUGGUGGAUUGAAAAACAGUGAAAUAACUUUAUGGACGCAAACGAGCUCUGGAGACCUGUUCAUGACACUGCACAGAUAUCGUAUUUUUCCAUCUCAAAAGGCACAGGAGAAACAUAAUUGCAUUUGUUUUGGCCGGAGUGCUUAGGAGCAGCCAGACUGGAGUACUUCAGUGAGUUAAGGCCCUCUGGCGCAGUUAAAGUGCACAUGUGCAUGCACACACACACAUGCACACGCACCGAGAGAACACAUAUGCAAAUACUGUAACGCACACAGAAACGGAAAAACCUGAAUAGAAAACACAAUGCCAACAAACACUCACACAUAUAUAAAUGUAUGCGAAGUAUAGGUUCCAGAAAACUGCAUACUUGAUCCUUUUUUGGCCUUUCCUGUACAAUAAAUGUAAUUCUGGGGGUUUUCUGUCCAUGUUUUCAGACACGAUGGACUAUGCAUCAACUAGAUGUGACAGGUAAGAGUAUGUUUGUUUAUGGAGCCCUUCUAACUGGUGUACCUUUCUUUAUAGCGAGUAUAAGUGUUCUAGCUGCAUAAGAAUGCAGACAUAUUAUUAUUAUUAUUAUUAUUAUUAUUAUUAUAUUCCCUUAACAGUCCAGCAUAAAGAUGUAGUAUUAUUCAUAAACAUGUAAUAAUGCAACAUUUCGUUGUGGCACACCCACAUUGGGGUGAGCAAAUAAUGGCAGUCUAGACAGAUGCAUUUCUGUUAAUACAUGCUGUUGUCUGUUAGUAGGAAGUCUCCCUGUUGUGAAUGAUGAUUUCAUCUUGGGGAGUGUACAUUAAUGAUACGGUCUAGGCUCAAAAUCUCUCCUUUAUGUCGUUCGCAGUGAGGGGAAGAGUGAGAGAGGCCAGAGGAGGGAGGAGGCAGAGUGGAGAGAGAUCCACGCUGCCAUGGCGCUGACUAACUUGGCCCAGGGGCAGUGCUGCACCACAGGGACUACCACCACCAGCUGCAUCAUCCAGAAGUCCUCCCACAUCUCAGAGAUAAAGACUGUCAAAGUGGCCCUGCCAAACAAUGUCUAG